CAUUGGCGGCACCACGGAUAAAAAUACGCGUGGGCGGCAUUUGACAAUUCCGCUCGUAUCCACACGUUGCAAAAGUCACGCUGGCUUCCCACUCCUCCUUCUCCGCCUCUGCUGGCCAACGUCGAAGGCGUUCGUCAGCAGCGACACACCAACCGAAUCUGCACAUUGACAUCCAAGACAACGCAGAGUCGCGAAGCAGGCUCGGGACAACCAGUGGUCUUGCGGGCCGUUCACUGGGCGACAUCCUCCCCGCGAUUCCCGGCACGCCAGCUGUCGAAAUGUCAGGAUCAUCCUCGCCGCAGCCGGGAGGAUGGUCAAGUCCGGGCUUGAACACACCCUACGAGACCAGCGGGCGCACCAGCCCAUACGCCAACAACGGCCCGCUGAACGAUGUUACUUGGGCUUCAGCUCAGGCAAGGAGCGCUGAGAUAAAAGGACACCCUAGCUUCAACCCUAGAAACCAAGGCUUCUUCGGGAAACACUUCCGAAAGAUCUCGACCAGCUUGCCAUUUAGCUAUGGUGAGAAGGAGAAGCUAGGUCGUGGACGGCAGCAGGGCAACAAGUUUAUGCAGAUGCUGAAUCGCAUUGGACGGAAUCUCUGGCGUCUAAGGAAGUCUCUGGGCGUGGUGUUGUUUGUCGUCCUCAGCGUCAUCGUUUUCUACGUGACACCGCUACAUCGGAUGUACAGACGAUCCUCAUUGUUUGGCGGCGGCAACAAAUUUGUCAUUAUCCUUGCUGCGAACGAGGGUGGCGGUGUUAUGGAGUGGAAAGGUCCUCGCGAAUGGGCCAUCGAGCGGGACAGCGUCAAGAACAAGAAGAAGUACACGAAGAAAUGGGGUUACGACCUGGAAAUUGUCGAUAUGAGCACCAAGAAACGCUACGCUCAUGAAUGGAGAGAGAGUUGGGAAAAGGUGGACACCAUUCGAAAUGCCAUGCGCAAAUACCCGCACGCUGAAUGGUUCUGGUGGCUGGAUACGAACACGUUCAUCAUGGAAACAUCCUACUCCCUCCAAAGUCACCUCUUCAAUCGCCUUGAAGACAUCACGUAUCGUGACAUCAAUCGCUACAACCCACUGAACAUCACUCACCCACUAACGGACGAGUACCUGGACCCCGAAUCUCGCUCGCCAGUCGGAGAUGGCAGGUUGGACUCAAUAAAUAUGCUGGUGCCACAAGACUGCGGCGGGUUCAACUUGGGCUCGUUCAUGGUUCGGCGAAGUGUGUGGACCGACAGGCUACUCGACAUUUGGUGGGACCCUGUUGGGUACGAGCAAAAACAUAUGGAGUGGGAGCACAAAGAACAGGAUUCUUUUGAAUACAUGUACAAGAAUCAGCCAUGGAUCCGUCCCCACGUCGCUUUUAUCCAACAACGCAAGAUUAUGAGUUUUCCGCCCGGUGCGUGCGGGGAGAACGAUCCCAAUAUUCACUACCAGGAGAAGGAUCGCGACUUCGUGGUCAAUAUGGCGGGCUGCUCGUGGGGUCGCGAUUGCUGGGCUGAGAUGUACAACUACCGCCAGCUCAGUAAUCGCCUGAAUCGAAACCCUUGGGAGAAAUUCAAGGACUUCUUCAGUGAAAACUACAAGAGCUGGACCAAAAAGGAGGAGAAAGGAAAGAAGACCUAAUCUCUAAUUAGUCCUCAUCAACACGACCUGUACGAGCACCACUGGCACGAUUUUUUUCAACACUUGUAUUUAUGGAGAGCUGUCUAUGGCUUAGGGGUUUGCUACGAUAUUGUACGCGUUGGAGCUGACCAACAUCUUCCUGACAUAGUUUGGCAUCGUUCUUUCUACCAUUCGACGGCCCGUUUUGAAGGGCCACGGUUUUGAGCUUGCAGGCUUUCACGUUUAACGCCUUCGCAUCUUCUAUCAGAGUUCUUUGGGUCUAGGC